UCCCCGCCCCUCCGCCAAUCAGCGCUGCCGCCGGCGGGGCGGGUGGGCGGAGCGCGCUUGCGCAGAAGGAGCGGGCGGAGGGCGAGCUGAGGGGCUGGCCCCAAAAUGGCGGAGCGCGGCUACAGCUUCUCCCUCACCACCUUCAGUCCUUCUGGGAAACUUGUUCAGAUUGAAUAUGCUUUGGCUGCCGUGGCUGCAGGAGCCCCGUCGGUUGGGAUUAAAGCUGCAAAUGGAGUGGUGUUGGCAACUGAGAAGAAGCAGAAGUCCAUCCUUUAUGAUGAAAGGAGUGUUCACAAAGUAGAACCAAUUACCAAACAUAUAGGUUUAGUGUAUAGCGGUAUGGGUCCAGAUUACAGGGUACUCGUGCACAGAGCCCGGAAGCUGGCCCAGCAGUAUUACUUGGUUUAUCACGAGCCCAUUCCAACAGCUCAGCUAGUGCAAAGAAUUGCUUCUGUGAUGCAGGAAUAUACACAGUCUGGAGGUGUUCGCCCGUUUGGUGUAUCACUGCUAAUAUGUGGCUGGAAUGAGGGGCGGCCCUAUUUAUUUCAGUCAGAUCCAUCUGGAGCUUAUUUUGCUUGGAAAGCAACAGCGAUGGGAAAAAAUUAUGUCAAUGGGAAAACGUUCCUUGAGAAAAGAUACAACGAAGAUUUGGAGCUUGAAGAUGCCAUUCAUACAGCUAUCUUAACACUAAAGGAGAGCUUUGAAGGGCAAAUGACAGAAGACAACAUUGAAGUUGGCAUUUGUAAUGAAGCUGGUUUUAGGAGGCUAACUCCAACUGAGGUUAAGGACUACUUGGCUGCAAUAGCCUAGUAGAAACCAAGCAAGACUGUGUGAAUUCACACAAAAGUCUUUUUAAUUUUGGCUCCUUAAAUGUUUUUGUUUGCAUUUUUUGCAUACUUAUUUCUACGUGGUUUGUCUGGACAGAUUUUUUUUUAAAUAUCAUGGGUGCAAAUGCAACGAUCCUAACAUUGUAAUACAUGGAAUCUUAUUACAGGUAAUUCUUUCCCUUGAUAUAUGGAAUAUUUGUACACAAAAUACUGUACAAAAUGUAAAUGAACACUUAAAAAGACUAAAGAAUAAAAUUUGAAGGCCACUGUUCUGGGGGAAA